CUUGGCUCUUAGGGCUCGCUAAAUUUUCUCAGGGCUGUGACCAUCGACCAUCGUCGUCUUCGCGGAGCUCAGUUGAAAGAUGUUAACGGCUGAUAUACCACCAAAUCAGUCAAUCUACAUAAAACAUAUCAAUGAGAAGAUCAAGAAAGAAGAGCUGAAGAGGUCUCUUUACUGUUUGUUCUCUCAGUUUGGAAGAUUACUUGAUGUGGUUGCGUUAAAGACUCCUAAGCUCCGGGGACAAGCAUGGGUUGUUUUUACUGAAGUCACCGCUGCUAGCAACGCUGUCCGUCAGAUGCAGAACUUUCCUUUCUAUGAUAAGCCUAUGCGGAUACAAUAUGCAAAAUCAAAGUCAGAUUAUGUUACUAAAGCCGAAGGGUCUUUUGUUCCAAAAGAAAAGAAGAUGAAGCAAGAAGAGAAAGGUUUAAACUUUCGUUUCCAUCACAAGUUCAGAUCUUUUCAGCUCAUUUCAUCUGUGUUUUACUUCGCAUCUGAUGUUUAACAAAACUGCACAUCACUUUCAGUUGAAAGGAAGCGACAUGCUGAAGAAACUCAACAACCAAGCAUGCCUAAUGGCGCAACUACUCAGAACGGAAUGCCUGUGGCAAUUUCUCUUUCUCGCAUCAUUCCAACAAUACAAUAUUAUCUUCUGACAGACGUCAUUAUCGCAACUUAGUCUGUAAAUCCUUGUUUCCUAAUACCCGUCUCUGUAAUUUCACAGCCUCCUUUCCAGCCGAGUGGGCAAGACACGAUGCCACCAAACAACAUACUCUUCAUUCAUAAUCUUCCCAUUGAGACGAAUAGUAUGAUGCUUCAGCUGCUCUUUGAGCAAUACCCAGGAUUCAAAGAGAUAAGAAUGAUCGAAGCAAAACCCGGAAUUGCGUUUGUGGAGUAUGAAGACGAUGUUCAGUCUUCCAUGGCCAUGCAGGCUCUUCAGGGUUUCAAGAUCACUCCGCAGAAUCCAAUGGUCGUCUCUUUUGCCAAGAAGUGAAAACCAGAGUUUUGUUAUGCGGAUGAAUGGUAAUGAUAUACUAAUUAGUAGCUGUUUAAAAGCAAACUGUCUUAUUUUAUUUGGUUCGUUUCCGAUUAGUGGUGUGAAUGACCCCGAAGCUUUAGACCAGAAUGUAAUGAGAUCGAAGAAUUGAGAGUGAUUUGGUUGGAGAAAAUCUCAUUUUAAAUGCCUUAUUAUUAUUAGGACUUUGGGGGAACUAAAACCACGAAUUUAGAAAUGAGAAGAUUAUGGGGUUACUG